ACAUAGUAGUUAUUACCAAAUGAUUUCAAUACACUCAACACUUACGUGCUUAAAGCUACUGACUAGAUAACUCAAUCCGACCCAUUUAGGAAAAUGAAUGAACUGAGCAAUACUUGUUUCCCGCCAAAGACCAAAAUUCAUUGACCAAUUCCCGCUUUAUUUCUUUUCCGCCUCUCUCACUCCCUCUCCUCAGUCCUCUCCUUCAAUACAAAUCACUCUGUAGCAUUACCUGUUCCUCAAACACUCAUUCACAUUCAUUCAAACCACGCAAUCGCAAAGGGAAAACAACAAACUAAGAUCAUGGACACUUCAAACCCUGCUGCAUUUGUGAAUGCUGAGGCUCUUCCCAAUUUUGUUGGAAAGAAAGUUCGAACUGUGGUUCAGGUGAAUGGCACUGAUGGUGAGGUUACCACCACAAAAUCCACUGAUGAUUCUCAGCUAACCAUAAAGGGGCUGCCACAAGUUCCUCUCAUGAAUUAUAUUGAGGUUAUUGGUAUUGCUGAAAGUAAUGACUCUAUUGCUGCUGAAAUAUGGACUGACUUUGGCAACACAUUUGAUACCAAUGCUUACAAUCAGCUAUGCCAACUAGCAAAUGGUGAUUUCAAGAAUCUGUUUCUCUAGGGACAUUCAGCAACUGGAUGGUGUGAAGUUGCAGCUUUCAUUUCAAAAUUCAAAGCACUUGUUUACUGCUUAGUAUUGACAAUGUAAUAGUAGGAGCUAUAUAUAAUGUACAUGUUUAUUCCCUGAGAUUGAACAGGCAUGUGCUCUGCAUCAACCGUUUAUGUUUUUGAAAUCCUAUUAACUUAACUCUCUAUGUUUAUGUUUAUGUCUAGUUUGGUUUUUUUA